AACUGCAAUGGACCACACCUUAAAUAUUGCUGUUAUGCGACUUAACAACUCUGACCAUGAUGCAAAGACAGCAGUUACCUUCAUAACCUAGUGCUGCAAAGGACAGGGGUGGUGGGCACUGGUCAUUUCACCAAAAAGUUUCAGUUUUUCUAUGCAUUCACUGCUGCAGUUACCUUUGCCCCCAUCCAUCAGUUUCAGAAAAAAUGGUACUCCAGAUGCAUUCUCCAUGGUGAGCCCUACUCUCCUCCUCUGCUUCUCCUCUUUGUGCCAAUUCAAAAAAUCCAUUUGAUAGGGAAACACACAACCUUUGCUUGCUUUCUCUUUCAUGCCUGCCUCAUCAUGGCUUCGUCCUCCUUUAGCAUUUGCAUCAUUUGUGCCACUAAAGCUCCCGCCCUUGUGAAGCAUUUCUUGAUGCCUCCCAGCUCCCAAAUGGCCAUACAACUCACACUCAUACUCAUUUCAUGUAGCCUUUACAGUAUGUAUUCUUCUUCUUCUUCAUCUUCUUCCCUCUCAGCAUCUUCCUCGCUUGCAUUGUUGGUUCUUGUCAUCUCCACCUGCAUCUCCUUGCUCUUCUCCAACUUCAGACACCUGCUCAAAGCAGCCACCACCCACAAAGGUAAGGCUCCCCCUUCAAUGGAGGGGGCUGUGCAUCAGGAGAAGAGCAUUAUGCCACAAGAUGAGGUGACAGAGGAUGCGCCGGAGGAUUUGAUGGGGAGCCUAUCAGAUUCUUCAGAGUGCACCACAAACGACGAAGAGUGCACCGAGGAGGGCUCAAUCUCAGAGGACAUCGACGAUGACGAUGAGAGCCUCAUUGAGAUCUCUCUUGUUGAUGGGCAUUAUGUGGGGGCAGAGCAGGAUGAGCAAUGUGCAUACAAGAAGGAGCUCCACGCCGAGUUCUUUCCUGAGUUGGUGCUUGACAAGCGAGACUUCAUCGACAUCUUGUCGGAGAUCAGCGAGGAGGACAGCCUGAUCGAGAUUGACAUCUCUAGAGGCUCCAUCAAGUGCUCAAACUUCGGUAUCAAGACAUGAAGUCGGCAAAGGUUUGGAGAAACUGAAACCUUCCUCUGCUUUGGUUCAAAGCUCUGAUCAGGGAAAUUAAGGUAGCAGGUUGUACCUGUCCUACUACAUGCAAUGCUCUAAGGUGUCCUUUUUACGAGAGCUUAUGGUUUUCUUUGUGGUUCUUCAGCGGAAGCCUUGUUUUUGUCCUCUGUUUCUUAAAAUACUAUAGCUGAAAUAACGUGAUUGCACAUAUUCUGAUAAAUGUCCUGUACUUCUUUUCUUUGAUAUAUUUCUAUAUAUAUUCAGUAGAUGGUAACUAUGUCA